AUGAGUAACAAAAUAAAACAAUGGGAUGAUGAAUACGAAUUAAUCAUUAUUGGCGCUGGAAUCGUAGGAAGUGCUUGCGCAGCAACAUUUGGUAAACAAGGAAGAAAGGUCUUACUUAUUGAAAGAGAUCUAAGUGAACCAGAUAGGAUAGUCGGAGAAUUACUACAGCCGGGCGGAGUGGCCGCACUAACAAAAUUAGGUUUAUCGGAUUGUCUGGAAGGCAUUGAUGCAAUCUCAUGUCAUGGAUAUGGAAUUUUUUUUAAGGGAGAAAGAGCACAUGUAAUAUAUCCAACUUCAAAUGGUAAGCCUUCUGUCGGUAAAUCAUUCCAUCAUGGUAGAUUUAUUAUGAAUUUAAGGAAAGCCGCUGCUGAAACUCCAAACGUUAAAAUAUUUGAGGGAACGGCGAAUGAAAUGAUUAGAUGUCCAAUGACCGAACGUGUAUUUGGUGUUAUGUGCACACCUAAAGGACAGUCUGAUGUUAACAAGAAGUUCUUCGCACCACUUACCAUUAUAGCAGAUGGAUGUUUUUCUAAAUUUCGAAAGGAUUUCAUUUCAAAACAAGUCGUCGUAAAAUCUAAUUUUGUAGGAUUUGUGAUGAAGGAUGCCGCGUUACCCUUACCGAAUCAUGGGCAUGUUAUAUUGGGUAGAUCCCCGAUUUUAAUGUAUCAGAUUGACACGAGAAUGACUCGAGUAUUGGUCGAUAUACCUGGUAAAUUGCCAAGUAAUGGUGACGGAUCUCUCAAAAGACAUCUUGAAAGUGAAAUCUUACCCAUUAUACCAAAAAGCGUACAACCAUCUUUUAACAAUGCCUUACAAAGUGAAAGGUUAAGAAGCAUGCCAAAUAGUUUCCUUCCCCCUUCUACUAAUGUUUACGAAGGUUUGAUUUUGCUGGGUGAUGCCAUGAACAUGAGACAUCCUUUAACCGGUGGUGGUAUGACGGUUGCGUUUAAUGAUGUUGUAAUAUUAUCUGAUCUCCUGUCAUUCGUCAAUUUGCCGGAUUUUAAUGAUGUUGGGUUAGUCUUGGCUCAAAUGCAAGCUUUUCAUUGGAAGAGAAAAUUUUAUUCAAGCUCGGUUAUUAACAUCCUUGCUCAAGCGUUAUAUGAAUUAUUCGCCGGUGAUGGGGAUGAAAACUUGAGAACGUUGAGAGAAGCCACUUUUAAUUAUUUGAGGUUGGGUGGUGUUUAUUCUUUUGGCCCAUGUGGUUUAUUAGGAGGGUAG